AUGGUGUCAUACGGGGGAACACAAAUUUCAAAUUGGGUUGGUGAUCGCUCUUUUCAUGAGUUGGUUGAUGUGUCAAUACGUGGUUGUAAAAAAUGCACAUCUCUACCCCCAUUUGGGUUGCUCCCAUCACUUAAGAGGUUGCAUAUUCAAGGCAUGGAUGAGGUUAAACUCAUAGGUCUGGAGUUAACCGGAAAUGAUGUUAACGCCUUCCGUUCACUUGAAGUGCUAACAUUUGAAGAUAUGUCUGGAUGGGAAAGGUGGUCAGCUAAAAAUGAGGGUUCAGCAGCAGUGUUUCCAUGCCUUAAAGAGCUUUAUGUAAAGAAAUGUCCACAAUUGAUUAAUGUCUCACUUCAAGCACUGCCUUCACUCAAGGUUCUUGAAAUUGACAGAUGUGGUGAUGGUGUGUUGAGAAGUCUGGUUCAGGUAGCUUCAUCAGUCACUGAGUUGAGAAUAAUUGAUAUCUUAGGGCUUACACAUGAGGUGUGGAGAGGAGUUAUGCGGUAUCUUAAGGAAGUUGAAGAUUUAAGUAUUGAAGAAUGUAAUGAAAUAGAAUACUUGUGGGAAUCAGAAACAGAGGCAAGUAAGCUUCUUGUGAGAUUAAAGGAAUUGAGUUUACGGGGAUGUUCAGGUUUGGUAAGUUUAGAAGAGAAAGAGGAGGAUGACAAUUUUGGGAGCAGCACCGGCCUGUUAUCUCUUAGAACUUUGUCUGUAAAUUCUUGUAGUAGCAUAAAGCGUUUAUGCUGUCCAAAUAGCAUUGAGAGUUUGGAUAUUCGUUAUUGUUCAGUUAUUACAGAUGUCUACCUCCCAAAAGAAGGAGGGAAUAAGCUCAAAUCAGUUAGAAUAUGGGGUUGUUAUAAACUUGAGGGAAAAAUCAACAAAACAAGCAUGCCAAUGCUUGAAACCCUAACUAUUAUUGCUUGGGAAAAUCUAAGAUCAAUCAGUGAAUUGAGUAACUCCACUCACCUCACCAGCCUGGAUAUAAUGCGAUGCCCACAUAUCGUGUCACUUCCAGAGCUUCAGCUAUCAAACCUCACCCGUUUGUCAAUUUCUGAAUGUGAAAGUCUGGUGUCAUUACCUGAGCUAUCGAAUCUCACCAGUUUGUCAGUUAGUGAUUGUAAAAGUCUGGAGUCAUUACCUGAGCUAUCAAACCUCACCCAUUUUGAAAUUUCUGAAUGUGAAAGUCUGGUGUCAUUACCUGAGCUAUCAAACCUCACCUUUUUGUCAAUUAGUAAUUGCGAACGUCUAGUGUCAUUACCUGAGCUAAAGAAUCUCGCCUUGUUAAAAGAUCUGAAAAUCAGAAGGUGUCCAGGUAUUGAUGUUUCCAUUCAUGGUGGGCGUUGGCCUCCCAAAUUGUGCUCACUUACACUAGAAGGGUUGAAGAAGAAGCCCAUAUCAGAGUGGGGGGAUCUGAAUUUUCCAACUUCCCUUGUUGACCUAAUGUUACUGGGUGAACCCCAUGUAAGGAAUUUUCCAACUUCCCUUUUCCCUUCUUCUCUUACAUCUUUGGUAAUAUCCGAAUUUGAUAAUCUGGAAUCACUAUCAACGGGACUCCAACACCUCACAUCUCUUCAACAUCUGUACAUUGGGUAUUGCCCAAAGGUGAAAGAUCUACCAGAGACGCUGUUGCCUUCCCUUCUGAGUUUGAGUAUAUAUGGUGAUUGCCCAAAAUUGAAAGAAAGGUGUGAAGGAAGAGGCUCCCACUACUGGCCACUCAUCUCUCAUAUCCCCGAAAUCAACAUAUAA